AUGGGCAAGAAUAAGGCACGCGAAAAGAAGGAAUUCAGCAAAGCGGAGCGAGCGGCAGCGGCGAGUAGCAAGGUUAUCCAGCGGGACCAGAGCAUCCUCAAGCGCAAGGCGUCGAGUCAAAGGGAGUUAGUCUCAUUUAACGCCAUCCACUAUCUCGAACAGAGUGACGUUGAGAACUUGGACGUAAUUAGAAAGAGUCUGAUUGAGAAGAUCCGAACAGUGGAACGAGUGAACGAGCGUUUUCAGCGAGACCUGCGAAGCGUGAACAGCGGCUUAAAUAGCAACCGUACUAAGUACGCUCUCGACGAACUUACCAAGGUCCAAGCAACUUUGAGUUUGUCGUCCGGAUACGUAACCGAAGCGAUUGACGCGCAUUUGUUGGCGAGACCGAAGAUCGAAGCGAAGAAACCGACACUAAAGAAGACUUAG